CUUCGCGAGUGCUGCGUGUGAGUGUGUGUGAAAACCUACGAACGGAAUUGCUGCGUGCUGUGCUUCAAUUCGUCUCGUCGUCGUCGUCGUCGUCGUCGUCGUCGAUCGUUCAAAGAUGGGAUUGCUUGGCUGGAUCAAAAAAGACAAACGCCAUAGACGGCGUGAGAGUGCACCACCGAAGAUCGGACAGGACCAGGAUGUGGCCUACCUAGAGGCGUUGGCCAAGUUCAACGACUGGCGAGCGCAGCAGCGUAACAGUGAAAUCGACUCCAGGUCAAGUCCGGGCCUCUUGCCCCGGCCAACGCUGCUCGCGCACGGUAGCGAUACGAUCCAAGAGGAACCAUCGGGCGAUGGUAGCGAUUGUGAAGGUGAUUUCAGCUCCGACAUCGAGCUGGCUCGCAAUGAACGUAUGCUGCUGAGCCGCACCACGAGCAACGUCUACAGCAGCAACCGACUCGAGGUACCCAAGUCACCCCGGCACGCUCGGCAUCAUCGUGCCUCGACGGCCGGUGCGGCCCUCCCAUCAGAUGCAGUGGCCCCCAAGAAACCGAAACGUUCCGUCGAGUUCUAUCGCAACAUCAACCGCAUCCCAGUGGAUAACCCCCAAGAACAGUGGAACAAUGGUACGGGAAAAAAUCAUUCCAAACCGGCCGUCGACGUGCGCUUCUCGCUUCCGGUACUGUCGGAGCAAAAGCAACGGCAAAAGCGUACCCCGCGAGCACAGCCGAAACCAAACAACACCAUCUACGAGAAUGAGGUAGCCGAGUUCGAAGCCGACCACAUGAAUGGUACACUCGGCGAUUCGUUCCGGGUUGUGCAAAGUCCACCACGGCUCUUCUACAAAUCCAACUCCAGCCCGUACACCAACGGGACACCAAAGAAGCAGAGCAACCUGAAGGCCCGCAGUGGUCGUAACUACAAGGACAAAGGUCCAGCACCGGCACCACCGAUCUUGGCGCGUACUGAAAGCAUGAGACCGGGCAGGGAUUGUGUGGCUGUUGCUCCUUCCAGUUGCCCACCGAAGCAUCGGAAGUACAGCGAUUCCGAUUCGCCGCUGACGGGUUCGUAUCGGAACUAUGAGUUGACCACCUCCUCGAUGUACGAUGAGCAUGUCAUCUCCUCGCGAGGUUACCGUGGCUCGAUGAAACGAUCGGUGGCGGACGAGGUGGAAAAACAGCGGCAGCACCGGAAGUCUCUGUCCUAUCAGACGGUGGUCAACAAACACGGCGAUCUGGUGGACUACGCGCUGCCCUUCAGUGAUAAUGCGGAUACGACGGGUGGUACGGCAUCGGAGACACACACGCACGGCAAAAACCGGGGACAGGACACGCUGGCCGAGAUCCGGCAGUGUGAGCAGCUGAUAAACGACAACUUCCAGUUCCUGCAGACCACCGCAUUUCACGAUGAUUCGAACAGCAUCAUUACGGAACCGAUCAGCGUGCUGAAGGGACGCUCGUCGCGUAUCGUCACCGAUCUCGAUCGAUCCGCUGCUAGUACGCUGAAGGAUGUGGAAGAGGAAGAAGGCGUUGUUGCUCCCGGGGGUCUGGUGAGUGAAGGCGAUGAACCGAUCAACGAGCAAGACCCACAGGAUAUACUGCUCGAGUUGGAUUCGCUGCAAAAAUGGAGUAAAAGCAUCCAGAUGUCGGAUGAUUUUCUGCAGACGCGCUAUACCGAGCGCAAUCUGCUCGAAUGCUUCCGGCGCAGUGUCGGGAACAGCUUGCUGACGUGCUUCCCGAACGAGGUCCGGUACAGGGUGGGCAGUUUGAGGAGUGCGUUUGCCGGACCGCUCGAGUUCUCGUGCGGACUGUUCCGUGGUUCCGCCGUCACGCUGCGGAAGUACUCUCUGAAUACGGAACGUAGCCUUUAUUUUGCCGAGGAAGCAUGUAAGCGGGACUUUGAGGUGUUAUCGCAGGUACGGCAUCCGGCGAUGGUCACCCUGAUGGCGGUUUCGUACGAUGCGGCCCUUAACCAGGCGACGUUACUGCUGGAACCGUUCGAUUUUACGCUCUUUGACUAUAUUCACCGAAUGAAUAAAAGACUUUCGUUGGUCCACGCGAUAACGGUCGUGCAGCAGAUAUCGUCCGCCGUCUGCUAUCUGCAGGAGUGUGGCUACAUCCACUCCAACAUCUCGAGUGGCUGCAUUCUGAUGCGACGCUAUCCGUAUGCCGUCAAGCUGACCUCGUUCGAGCUGACCACGGAAUCGUCCCCGGAUGAGGUGCGCCGUGAGAUCGAGAACCGGUACGGCAGUACCUCGUCCUCACGAAACUCCAUGACCUCGUCGCAGAACGACGAGCUGAAGAAGAUCACCACGUAUGCCCGGUUGAUUAAGAACGAUGAGCAGUUUCUGCGCGACAAGUACCGCAAGCUUUCGAAGGAGGUUUGUGAGAAUCGAUCCAAGAGCGGUACCGGACUGCUGGGCAUGAUGGGUGAUGGGUGCCUCGGUUCGAAUUACGAUUGUCGCACCAGCCGCUUCCUACCGUACUGCAAGGAGUAUCGCGAGAAGUUUUCCCUGUUCCACUACGUGGCACCGGAACUGCUGGUGCCGAAAUCGAGCUUCGUCUAUCCGAACCGUAGCACGGACGUGUAUUCGAUCGCACUGCUCCUGUGGGAAAUUCUGAACGGAUAUGUGCCUUUUGUGGUGUACAGCCGGGCGGAGCUGGAGAAGUUGCACACCUCCUCCGAUCUACCGUUGCCGAUGUUCGAGAAGGAGCGUUGCGAACGGUUCCGCCAAAUCUUCGAGGGUGGCCUGGGUGAUAUGGGUAGCCGGAAGAUGAGUAUGGGCAAUGUGGUCGAUUUGUUGGACUGUUUGCUGCUCGAGCUGGGCAUGGAAAAGAACGGCACGUACGAUUGGCUGGCGGAAGAUUACGAAGAGCUGACGAACUUGUCCGAGGUGCGGCUCAAGAACGAACUGAACGAUGUCAGCAAGCAAGGUGCCCACGUGGAGAAAACAGAUAAGAUCUACUUCUUGGCCGAAGAAACGGAAUCGUUGAAGGCAAAACCACAACACCUGCAACAGAACAGCCCAUCUUUGAAUGAUCCGGAACAGCCAAAGAAACCUGCUCGUAAGAUCAACCGAAUGAAAAAUCAGCAAUUGACGGAGGAACGGGAUGAACAGCAGCAACAGCAAUCACCAAUCAGCACCACGUUCAAUCUCUCCAACUCGGGCAUCUAUCAAACGAUUUUCGAUUUUAACAACAAAUUCCUGUCCCCAAAAUCGGCCGCCUCAAAGCAGGUGAUCUACGAUAGGACCAGUACGGUCAAGAAGCACAAGAAACCACCCCGAACGAAUAAAAAGUCGGCGAAGGAGCUGUUCGAGGUGGUUGAUCAGUUGAACAAGAGCUUCACCGAGCCGGCCGAUCGUGGAUCGGAUGGUGAUUGUGGUCCACUAGAGGUUGAGCAGGUGGUUACUAAUCAGCAGCCUCCUAGUAUCAACAUCGAACCCAUCGUAGCGACCCCGAAAGAAGGUACUCGCGGUGGCAGUGAUUCCGAUGAUAUGCACACUCCGAAGCACACUCACGUUGGGCAUGCUUCGAAGUCCUGCGACAGCUCACCAGGGGCACGGCGGCGCAGCGUAACGCCCCGGAUGAACAACUCGUUCCGCUUUACCAUCGGUGACUUUACGCUGCCCGAUACACCGAUCGCACGGAAGAACAAAAUCCGGAAGCACGCCUGGCUGUCGGAUCAGAAGCUCAAGAUGACCGACGAAACGAUGGCAUUGACACCGGAAGAUUGUCGUAGUAAAUCGUUCUUCAACGCAGGCCUGGCGACGCGCAAUGGAUCGUUCCUCACAUCCACGAACCUAAAUUGUUCGACCUCGCUGCAGGACAUCAAACCGAAGCGUAUCAACAUCAGCGUGAACAUUAUCAAAUCGCCGGAUCCUUGGACGACCUCGGUGACGGUGAAACAGCGCCAGCAAUCGGCACCAAGGGCCGAUUCACCGGCCGCGAACGGAAUGUUUGAGAAGCGACUCUGGCGUAAGGAGAAAACUAUUUGCGAACGAAGCCAACUACCGCACGAGGAUGCCGCUGACUCGAAGGGCGGUGCUCCAUUGGAUGAUUCGCUCAGCAUUAUCACGGCACAUCUGACUUCGGUGCGCGACGCGAUCAAAAAGAUUGAAACCACGUUCGAGAACCAUGGCUUCGAUUACAGUCCGAAUCGGAAGAUGCUGGAACACGGACAUAAAGUGACGGAUGAUGAAUGCUCCCGUAGGCAGUUGCUAGUACCGGAUGGUUCGCUCGUUGUCGCAGAGAACCUGCUCGUACCGACCAAGGUUCUCGAGCUAGAAAAGACACUCGACGCCGAGGCAGCGGCUCUGAAGGAUGAUACGCCGCCACCACCGAUCCCACAGUCAGCACCACCACCGGUCGAAAGCGAAAUUUCUGAGCAACCAGAAAUUGUAACACGUCUCAAUAUGCUGCUCGCCUGUAAUCAAUCAAAGCAUAAGGAGGAACCGGUGGUUGCUACUCCUUCGUCAGAGCAGCCUGUUCCUGAUCCACCGCAACCCGAGCAACCUAAACCUCAGAUCGUCCAGGCGGCUAGUAAACCGACACCGAUUGCACCAACGGCCCCGAUGGCGGCAUUUGCACCCAACUCACAACUGUACCUUCGGCGGCAGAAUGCAAUCAAUACGGCCGCCAACAGUGUGGCCACGAUUCACCAGCGGACGGUCUACCAGGAAAGUAUCGUCUCGAGCACGGACCACGGUGUCCAGUUCGCCGAAGUUAGUGGUAGCGGAAGUGGUGGUACGACAGCGGCAACAACGACGUCGAUCACCGUACCACCUACUGGCAGUGCUCGCAAGAAGAAGCUUACUACCCGUGUGACGGUGAACAUGAGAAAGAUAUCGCGCCGUGCAUCGGACAUUAGCCCGGCCUCAUCACGUCCGAAUUCGGCCAAUCUAGACGACCUGGAGCUUCCUUCCUCCGGAUGCAUCACACCGACCGGUUCCCUGAAGGGUGCUGCUGCUGCUGCUGGUGCUGGUGCUUGUGUUGGCAGUGUCCGGCAUUCCUGUGGUAACGAGUUAUUGCGAGCAUUCUCAAAGCUCCGUCUUGUACCGCAGGAUACGCUCGAUGGCGGGAACAAGGCAAACGGUGGUGCCACGACGGAUUCUAGCCGCUCGGUGACUCCCGUUGGCCAAGCGGUAGCCAGUGGUGGUGGUGGUGGUGGUGGUGUUGGUCGUGCAAUGGAGCGAUUCGUUUGCUGCAAUUGCGGUAACUCGAUGGUACCGGUUGAAGGAUUCAAUGUUCCUACCGGAAGCCGUAUCGGUAUGACGGCUGCCUUCGGCGAGAUCAACUUCCCCAAGGAGAGCUUUGCUUCCAUGUUCGAGGCUCCGCUGACACCAACAUCUGCCAGUGCUUUGGCCAGCCGACUACAGUCGAUAGGACCUAUUCAGAGAUCAACCGAGGAUCUGUACAUCGACGACGACUUCUGCCAGGGGUUGAGCCACAUGGGCGCCAACAUGGAGCUGGUAGAGCCGCUCGAUGAGGGCCAGUAUCUUGACGCGUAUGACAUCUACUCAACGGAAAUCUAUCACGCCGAAGAGGAGGAGCUGGAGGAAGAGCUGGAGCAGCUGGAAGGACAUCCACUGCCGGAUCAAAUGGUGGUACGAGGAAAUGCUGGCAGCACCGAUUGUACCGACGAUGAGGCAAAAUUUGUUGAAAAAUGUUUUCAACUCAACUCGGAAAGUUUAAAGACGGAGUACGCCGCGCUCGCCUCACCAAUCGAUUGUGUGGCUCCUGUGGCGCUGACUAACCAACAGGCUAUAGCAGAUAAAUCAUCGACACACCAGCGGUAGAUAGGGGCCGCAUUCGAUAUCAAAGACACACCUCGUAUGACUUCCAAUACCAAGUAUUACCAAACGGUCACUGUGCUAAACGCGUGAAUCGCGCGUCCUUUCCUGUCGGAUUGCGUAGAUUGACGAAGA